AUGUCAGAGUUAUUCAGCAAAUCAUGUAAUUCUAUAUUUAGUUUAUCAUUUUUAUUUAGUAAAUAUUGUUUACAAGUUAUGAUUUGCUCACAAACAAUUAGUUGUGUUCGAACAUUUUGUGCUUCAAAGGCAAUAUCCAGUCAUUAUGACAUUGUAAUUGUCGGGGGUGGUUUGGUCGGGAGCGCGAUGGCUUGCGCUAUUGGCAAGAAUUCUUCAUUAUCUUCAAAGAAAAUUCUUUUGCUUGAUUCACUCAAAACUGUCCAGCCAAAAGUUAGAGAAGAGGAUUGGUAUUCCAACAGAGUAUCUGCCAUAGCCCCUUCCUCUGUGGAGUUGUUUGAAAAUCUGAACGUUUGGAAGCAAAUUUCGGUUAAAGCACAACCGGUCUCUUCCUUAUAUAUUGAAGAUGGUUGCUCAGAAUCUAGGAUUUCUUUUAAACAAUCCAAACCAAGCUCCCCAGUUGCUUAUAUUGUAGAAAAUUGGAGGAUUGUUGAUGCUUUACAUCGAUGCCUUCGAGAAAGUUUAAAUAUUAAUUGGAAACAAGAGACCUCAUUUUGUGAAUUGAGUUUGCCUGAAAAUCUUGAUGAAAGUGUCGUUCUUAAAUUGGACAAUGGUGAAAUAGCAGCAGAUGGGGCAAAUAGUAAAGUUAGGGAAAUUAGUGGCCUUGAAUAUACUAACGAGGAUUAUGGCCAAUCUUGUAUUGUUGGUUCUCUAGAAAUUUCUCCAUCACAAAAUGAUGUCAAAAACACGAUUGCAUGGCAAAGAUUUAUGCCAACUGGACCAAUCGGUAUUUUACCGCUUAAUGAGAAGCUGAGUUCACUUGCUUGGACAACUUCAACAUCGGAAGCUAAACGUCUUUUGGAAUUGCCUAAUGAAGAAUUUGUAGAGGAAUUAAAUGGAGCUUUGGUUGAUCAUUCUGGACAUAAUAAAAUAAUUGAUGGGCCUUUAAAUUGUUUUUCAAAUAUUUUGAAUUCAAUUCCAUUUUUGGCGUCAUCUGAAAAUUUUGUCUUCCCAACUAUUCUUUCUCUGCCAAAUAAUGAUAGAGCAGCAUUUCCACUAUCUUUAAUUCAUGCGCAUGAUUAUAUUGGGAAUAGAUUGGCAUUAAUUGGUGAUGCAGCACAUAGAAUACAUCCAAUGGCUGGACUUGGAGUUAAUCUUGGAUGGUCUGAUGUAGUUAAUUUAACGAAUACACUCGAAAUUGCAGUUAAGGAGGGUGGAGAUUUGGGUUCUUUAAUUUAUUUAAAAAACUUUGAUGCCAAAAGUCAACGCAAAAAUGUUCCAAUAAUGACUGCUAUUGACUUUUUAAAUAGUUUGUUUUCAACAAAUUUUCUUCCUUCUGUUUUUGUUCGUUCUGUGGGUGUUAAUUUGUUGGAUAGACUUUGGCCUGCAAAGGAUUUGAUGGUUCAAUAUACUUCUUGAAAAUAUGUUGAUUUUUUUGAAUUUUAUAGUUAUUGUUUUAAAUUUUAUAAAAUAAAUGAUAUUAUAUUUUUGG